AUGAGACCUACCGCUUUUCUGCCGCUGGCUUUGCUUGGAUCGCUUCCCGGAGCCUUUUCAGUCCAACUCGAACUCACAGAAACCCGGCUCCUGAACGGCAGCGAGCCCCGCGUCGAAAUAGUCGAUAUCCCAUAUGUCGAUACGUCUCUUCUUCCUAAGGACCAGCCUUGCUAUGCGCUUCCCUUCCGGUCUUCAUACGUGAAACUCCUGAUGGAGACACUUACCGUCCCGACGUACUGCUAUCUGUAUACUCAACUAUGCCACAAUGCGCUGACACCAGUUACGGAGGACGAGCCCGAGGUCAACCCGAUUCUAGCGGGCGGCGGCGCGGCGUUUGCGGCGAGGUGCUAUGAGAUUGAGUAA